AUGAAGAGCAGCCUCUUUGGACCCCUGAUUCUCCUCCUCGUCAGCAGCAGCAGUAGUGUUGUAUUUGGCCUGGGAUCUGUGGUGAAAAAUUUUUACAAACCCAUUCAAGUUGUUCUCAGCUGGAAGGAUGCCCAAAGCUACUGCAGGCGCGAAUUCACUGACUUGGCCACCAUCUAUACUGAGUCCGAUAUAAAAAAUCUCUCCAUUAAUGAGUAUUACUCCUGGAUUGGUCUGCACAGAGACCCAAGCCAGUCACAGGGAAGCAACUGGGUCUGGUCUGAUGGUGAAAACUACAAUGUUUAUUACUGGCAAGAUAACAUGGCAAAUGCCACUGGAAACUGUGCUGUGGUUAAGUACAAUGAGAAAAGGAUCUAUGUCCAAGAUUGUGGAGCCCGUUGGUUCUUCAUUUGUCGGCAGUACUACAUUGACAGGCAUUAUGAGUUCAUACCAGUGGCAAAGACUUGGCCAGAGGCUCUGCAGUACUGCAAGUCUCACUACAGAGAUCUGGUCAGUUUUUCAAGCUCCUAUUUUGAAAACGUCUUCAUUGAGCAGGAAUUUCCCGUCUGGAUUGGACUACAAAGAGAUGGAGCAUCAUGGAACUGGACCUGGGAAGAGUCAAACUAUAGAAACUGGCAAGCAGGCGAGCCGAAAAACAACGGUGACUGUGGGUCUAUCUCCUCAAUGACAAAGAAAAUGGCUUCCCAAAACUGUGAUGAUCUUCUACCCUUCAUUUGCAUCGAACAUAGUGUGGUCCUCGUAAAGGAGAACAAAAGUUGGGAAGAGGCGCUGGAACACUGCAGAGGGCUCAGUUCACUCACAAACACCAACGUUCGCUACAAUUUCCUCAGCCUGCAACCCCAGGACGAACUUGACUUCAUUAUGAACAAGGUUAUGAGAGCUGAAUCUGUGGAGGUGUGGAUCGGCCUGCGUUUCCUGGCUGGUGAUUGGCUGUGGGUGAACGGAGCAGACAUGUUGCACGCUGACCUACCGCUCUGCCCCACAAGAGGGCGACACUGUGGGGUCUUAUCCAAGACCAGCGCUGGCAGCAUGGAGGCCAGAGACUGCUCGGAGAGAAAAAACUUCUUCUGUUACAGUUACACACCAUGAUAUCACCACCAUCUGUAGUAGGUCUAUAAAAAAAAUAUACCAACAUCUGACAGUCCAUCCACAUACUCUCCUAUUUAAAAUGUUAACUUUGACCUAAGUAAAGGUCUUUCGAAUAUUUCAAAUAUCAGUUUUCUCUAAUGGAAACAAAUAUAUUUGAGUGUACAAAGUAGUACACAUCUUGUGAUAUUUAGUCUAUUUUAUAAGUGUAAACACUAUCAGUUUAUACUGGGAAACUUUUCCACUUUUAUUGGUAAACUUUAUUAAUCUUUCCCAAGGUAUUUGAUUGCUGCACAACUUUGUAAAAUUACUUGAUAUGUCAUGCAGUACCUUAAAUUCACCUCCUUCUCUGGUUGAAUAUCAUCACAGCCAUAUAGUUUUGAUCAAGAAAUUGGUCAAAUAGAAACUGUCUGCCAACAUGCUGUAGGCUUAAAGAGCAACACAUCGUGCUGUGAUCUAAAGAAAUGUGCGAACAGAUGAGAAACACAGCAUUGACAUCAGUUUGGAAAGGGUAAUAAAGUCAUUUUAAAGGCCUUGGGACUCCCAAGAACUAUUAUCCAGAAAUGGAGGAAACAUGGAACAGUUGUGAACCUUCCCAGGAGUGGCCAAUCUACCAAAAUUAUUCCAAGAAUAUAUCUACUCAUCCUGCUGCUUCAGGGCCUUGACAGCUCAUCGAUGAUGAAACCAUGAAUUAUAGUUUCUUGCAGGGUGAGAAUGUCCAGCCAUCAAGCUCAAGAACCGUUUGGGUUAUGUGGCAAGACAAUGAUCUAAAGUGGACCAGCAUGCCCUCCUCCCCCCAAAAAAUAAAACUAAGACUUUAGAGUGAACACUGGAUGUAAAACUGAUUUAGAUGCUGUAAUAUGACUUUACACACACGGUUCCUGCUCAAAAACCCUCCAAUGUGGUUGGAUUAAAACAAAUCUUCAGAGAAGAGUGGACCUGGAUUCCUUCAUAAUGAUGUAAAAGACUCAUAACCAGUUAUUACAAAUGAUUGAUGGCAGUUGGUGGUGGUGGUACAACCGGGUAUUUGGUAGAGGGGAAUUUGGUU